AUGCUACCUCAGCCAUAUCAAUACAAUAGUAGUCAAGAAGAAAAUCCGAUGGAUAAUAACACAACAUGGAUACAAUUUCAUAAUAUUGCGCAAAAUAAUUCUUAUUUAUAUGAUAAUGUCAAUCCGAGCAACUAUCUUCCCAAUAGGAUGAGUAACGAUUAUAUGGGGAACGAACUAAUGGAAACAACUAAUACGACGUUCUUGAAUACACUACCUUCGUGGUCUGUUCAAUCUCGUUCAAUGAAUGAUUACCCAAUAAAUUCUUUUACCGCGAAUUAUCAGACAGAGAUGGUACCUAUUCCUUAUUAUACUCCACGAUUAGAAUUUACGGUAAGUUCGGAAAAUAUUGAUUCCUACAAUAAGUGGUCUUCGAUAUCGACACAACAAGAUCCACAAAUGAAUUCGUUUAGGAAUACUGAAAGGAAAAGUAUAAAGUGUUCUUGUCCUAAAUGUAUAUCGGGUAAUAAUAGUUCAGGUGGAAAACGCAUGCAUAGCUGUCACUACCAAGGUUGUGGAAAAACAUACGGGAAAACUUCUCAUCUUAAAGCUCAUUUAAGAACGCACGAGGGAGUCAAACCAUUCGAAUGUAAAUGGAAGUUCUGCGGAAAAAAAUUUACCAGAAGCGACGAGCUUCAGCGUCAUUAUCGUACGCACACCGGUGAAAAAAAAUUUAUAUGUGAUAUUUGCAAGAAGGCAUUUAUGAGAAGCGAUCAUCUGGCGAAACAUGGCAAGACUCAUAAAAAUAAAGAAAAGGAAAACAAUUUUUCAAACAACGAACAGCCAACAUUACCCGUUAAUAAUUUCAAUUUUUCGUCAAAUAACAUAAUUCAACAGGAAAGUGAUCAGAGAGUCACGGAUGGCUUAAUGGUAAAAGAAGUUCCCAUGAAACCGGAGAACAUGGAAAAUCCGGGAUCGGGUAACAGUUUAACCAAUUCAACCCAAUAUUUUUACGAGAAUCCUUACGUUUAA